AUGGAAGAUAGCGCAGCUUCUGGCCGACUACGUCCACUACUACCAGGUCCGACUCGUGAUGAUCCUCCUAGCUCAAGACCGCCCUUUAAACUGAACAUCCCCAAACGAACUUCUGUUAAGACAGCCUGCCAAGCUUGUAGGCAGCGAAAGGCAAAGUGCGAUGGGCAGAGACCGAAAUGCUCGGCUUGUAAGGCUGGUGGGCGCGACUGUCAGUAUGCGAGCCACCCUUUCGAAGCAGAGGCCUUGGCCUUGAAGAGAAAGCAUGACGAACUACAGGAGCGUGUGACCAAUCACGAGAGUCUGUACUCAUCUCUCAGGACUAAGGAACAACACGAGACAGAUGAGAUUCUGCGGAGGAUACGCGCUGGCCAAGAUAUCAGGACCGUCACCGAAGACAUGCCAGUAAGGAAUCUGACCAAGCAGAACAAUAACUCCACGGUAUCGAACCAGCAGAAGAACCCUCUACUACGACACGACAGUGCCAAUACUUCCAACAGCGCCACUACAUCCGGAAGCGCAAGUUCGCCAACUUUCUCUGCUGCUCGUGCCAGCUUUUCUGGAACACAGCAGCCCAGACUCACGGCCCCAACUGAUCAUCCCGGCUAUAUCUUUGAGGAGGCCUGGCGAGAUACCCAACGAAGAGCUUCCGAAGACUUGUUUACCGACCUGCCAGGAUAUACACUGCCGCUUUCAGAAUGGACAAACGCCUACCACGACGAUAAGCUUCUAAGUCACUUGAUGCUCCUGUUCUGGACAUGGGAUACAGUGUGUAACCGCAUCAUCGAUAGAACGAUAUUCGAGGAAGACCUUAAGAGCCUCGAUCCCACGACACUGGGCGCCCCUUCAGAACUCCGUUUCUGCUCGCCAUUUCUUGUCAAUGCUGUUUUAGCCGUUAGCUGCCUGUACUCUACCAACUCUGCGACAGUCAGCAUACCAGGCGAGCUUAGCACGAGAGGUCGUAUUUUCGCCCAAGAAGCUAUAAGAUGCUUGAAGCUCGAAGAUACACGUCCUUCGCUACCGGUUACACAGGGCAUGGCGCUUAUGUAUGUCUAUGAAGGUGCUUUAGGCGAUGGAGAAACAGCACUUGAGUUUCAUACUCUAAUGCAGCAGCGGUAUAAGGCGCUUCAACUUGAUGAUAUCCAGCGCUCGACGGAUACGGCCAUUGCGGGCUCGAGACAGCGUGCCGAAGCCCACGCUCUGUCUUGGAUUCAGUGGGGGUUCUAUAUCUGGGAUUGGAAGCCAAUGCAUGGACUAUGUCGUCGUCUUGUGAUAAAGCGACCCAGGCGCGAAAAGACAUGGCAAGAAGAUGGGGCACCGCUUAACAGAAAGGAGAACCCCGAGUAUUGGUGGUUUCCAUAUCCCUUGUCUGUAGCACCUCAACGGUCACUGAAGCGCGAGAUCUUUGACGCCGAAUGCACUUUCACCGAGCUCACCGAGCAAGUACUCGACUUCAUCAUCCCUAUGGAACAAGGCGUUCCACCCUCUUUCAACGCUGGACGAGCGCUCGAGCUCUACUCUGCAUUAAUGGAGUGGAAAUUCUCGCUACCAGAACCCUUGAGAGCCGAGAAUGCGGUUCUUCCUGCUGCUAUUCUCUUGCAUCUCAGCGCGGAUCUCGUAGCCGUAAGCAUUCUACAACCCUUCGACAGCGUCUCCAAAACAACUUUCGGCCCCUUCAACCCACGCUCCAUGACCUACGCCCAUGCCACAAACGCCAUGUCAACAAUCUGGCACUUCCGUGCUCUCUACACUCUUCGCAACGAACACUGGCUCAUCCAAGCCAGUUCUGUUUGCGCCUUCCGCGUCCUUUUCGCCAUCGAAGAAAGCCCAAUCCAGCUCGAAACAUUCAUCAAAGCAUGCCGCGCUCUUCUCGAACUCAGCGAAGCUUUUCCCAUUGCAGAAAAAGUUCUGUACUCCAUCGAGUCAGUUGUCAAAGAGAAGGGAGUAAACCUGCCUUCGUAUGCGAAGGAGUAUAUGCCCCAUGGAGCGGGGGAAGGAGUUGCGGAGUUGACGGAUAUCAAGGUUAGAGACCAUACAGUUAUAGCUGAGAAAGCCUCUGAGGCGACUGAGGAUCGGUUUACAUUGACGGGGUUACUUUCGGCGUUGGCACCCAAUGAAACAGCGGUGGAUUAG